GAACCCGGAUGCUGAUGCUGCCCGAUGAAGAGGAGGAAGAAAGAGAGAGAGAGAGAAGCGUAACUGUUCACUUCUGACAACCAGGCUGACACCUUACAUUCAGAAGUGAAAGGCGAUUUUUCUUUCAUGAUUAUUUCUCUCAGUGGCUGUUUUUUGUUGUUGUUUUUUUGCGCUCACUGACCAAACCUUAAAGGAUGCGAUGAUAUGAUGAGCUCAGCCGGCAGAGGGACAGAGAGAAAGAGAGAGAGAGAGAGAGGGAAGGAGGGAGGGAGGGAGGGAGAGUCAGCUUCCACAGAGCCAGCUGAGGAUGCUUGUUGUUUCUAGAAGCAGGAUUUAAUCACCGGGCCGAAGCGGCCGCUGAUCCUCCUGCGGCACACACACCGUGCGCACCGCUCCUCGCUCCGCUCCGCGCUGCUGCUGCAGCGGCUCCCGGCCCGGACCUUCCCGAGGCUGUUUGCCUGUGUGUGUGUGUGUGUGUGUUUUUUUUUAAUGCUCGUUCCCCUCUUCCUCUAUUUCCUGAUGCAGGGCCGGGGAGGGGGUGAGCCAAAGUGUGCACCGGAUAUUGGAAAACCCAUUCUUCUUGCUGAUGCUGUUACGAUAAUAGAUUACUAUCUGGACAACGCCGCGUCUGCACAGGGAGGCACAUCCUGACCAAGCGAGGCCUGGUCUUCACAGGAGGGGAAUGUGUCGUGUUGGGAGGAUUAUUGUGGAAACAUUUUUUUGGAUGGUAGCAGUGGCCGGGACUGAGGUGGCGCUGGAGGGGGGACCUUGAUAUCGAUCAGAGCAGGGACGCAAUCAGGGCUUUCUGACUUCGGAUAUUUGAGACUCUGCUCUUACAGAAAUCAAUCCUGUGGCAAGUGUAGCCUUCCUGUCCACGUCUGGAGGAGAUUUUUCUUCUCCUUUGCUCCACUUGUUUUGGGCCACCACCAUAAGCUCAGCAGAAUCUUCCAACCACUGGUAUUUGUAGCAGGAGUGGCUUGAAAGUGACUAUUCACUCAGUUGUGAACAGACCUCGUUCGCCUCCAUUCUUGCUCAUCUUCUCUGUCCGGAUGAUGCUGCUGCAUUAAGAGCGAGACACAUCCUGGAGAAUACUUUAUUCUAAGAGAGGAAACAGGGCCCAGACCUGACCGCAUGACAAACAAGUGUAUGGGAGUAGCCUGCAGGGCCCGGCUUUAGAUCACGACCACACCAGUCCUCCUCCUCCUCCACCACCACCUCCUCUCUCCUCUCUCCUCUGUCCUCUCCACUCUCCGCCGUGCCGCCGCCUGGGAUGUGCGUUACGGGAUUACGCACGGAGCAGAACCGAGCCCUAUCUUAAUCGGCCUUAUAUUCUGGAGAGAAUUUCACCUCGGGAAGGAUGAGCAGCAAGGAGCUGACGGGGGGCCAGUCCACCCAGUAUGUGGGGCCCUACAGGCUGGAGAAGACCCUCGGGAAGGGACAGACAGGACUGGUGAAGUUGGGUGUCCACUGUAUAACGGGACAGAAGGUGGCCAUAAAGAUUGUGAACCGAGAGAAACUGUCUGAAUCUGUCCUCAUGAAGGUGGAGAGAGAAAUAGCUAUUCUUAAACUAAUAGAGCACCCUCAUGUUCUGAAGCUGCACGAUGUCUAUGAGAAUAACAAAUACCUGUACCUGGUGUUGGAGCAUGUGUCGGGCGGAGAGUUAUUUGACUACUUGGUGAAGAAGGGCAGGCUGACCCCCAAAGAGGCCAGGAAAUUCUUCAGACAAAUCAUCUCCGCCCUCGACUUCUGCCACAGCCACUCCAUAUGUCACAGAGACUUGAAGCCAGAGAAUCUUCUCCUGGAUGAGAAGAACAACAUCAGGAUAGCAGACUUCGGCAUGGCCUCGCUGCAAGUCGGGGACAGCCUGCUGGAAACCAGCUGUGGAUCCCCACAUUAUGCUUGUCCAGAGGUCAUAAGGGGGGAGAAGUACGACGGCCGCAGGGCAGAUGUUUGGAGUUGUGGAGUCAUCCUCUUUGCUCUUCUUGUGGGUGCCUUGCCCUUCGACCACGACAACCUGCGGCAGCUUCUGGAGAAAGUGAAGAGCGGAGUGUUCCACAUGCCCCACUUUAUACCUCCUGACUGCCAGGCUCUGCUCAAGGGAAUGAUCGAGGUCAAUCCUGACAAGAGACUCACGCUAGAAGCAAUACAGAAACACAACUGGUACCAAGGUGGCCGUAACGAGCCUUGCCCGGAGCAGCCGCCUCCUCGCCGUGUGUGUUUGAAGAGGAUUCUGUCCUUAACGGAGCUGGACCCCGACGUGCUGGAGAGCAUGUACUCUUUAGGUUGCUUCAGAGACCGCGUCAAACUCACACAGGACCUUACAAGUGAGGAAGAGAACCAGGAGAAAAUGAUCUACUACCUCCUGUUGGACAGGAAGGAGAGAUACCCAAGCUGUGAAGACGAGGACCUGCCUCCCAGAAAUGACGUCGACCCACCCAGGAAGCGUGUGGACUCCCCCAUGUUGACGCGCCAUGGCCGCUGUCGUCCAGAGAGGAAGAGCCUGGAAGUCCUCAGUGUCACAGAGCAGGGGUCUCCCACCCCGCCUCGCAGGGCCCUGGACACUAAUGCACACAGCCAGAGGUCCCGUUCAGUGAGUGGAGCGUCCACAGGUCUGUCCUCCAGUCCUCUCAGCAGCCCCAGGGUCACACCGCAAGGUUCACCUCUGCCCACCCCACUGGGCACACCUGUGCACCAACUCCACCACCCCUCCUACACCCCUCCUCCCUCCUCCUCCUCGCCCUCUUCUUCCAGAGCCGACGGAGCCGGGGCCUCGCUGACCCCGCCCUCCAGCCCUGGCGGCAGUGGUGGGCUGGCCUCCUCCAGCUCCGCCCACUGGAGAACAAGGCUCAACUCAUUCAAAAACAACCUGCUGGGCUCGCCGCGCUUCCAUCGGCGCAAACUACAAGUCCCUACAUCAGAGGACAUGUCCAGUUUGACUCCAGAGUCCAGUCCAGAACUGGCCAAGAGGUCGUGGUUCGGUAACUUCAUCAGCCUGGAGAAAGAGGAGCAGAUCUUUGUUAUGAUCCGAGACAAGCCGCUCAGCUCCAUCAAGGCUGACAUCGUUCACGCCUUUCUCUCUAUCCCGUCCCUCAGCCACAGCGUUGUGUCUCAGAACAGUUUCCGGGCAGAGUACAAGUCCUCAGGCGGCCCCUCUGUCUUCCAGAAGCCUGUCAAGUUCCAAGUGGACAUCGCAUUUUCAGAAGGAGAGAGGGAACGUGAGAGAGAACGAGCAGAGAGGGAAGGAAGAAGAGAAAUGGGCAUCUAUAGCGUCACCUUCACUCUAAUAACAGGGCCCAGUCGCAGAUUCAAACGAGUGGUGGAAACCAUUCAGGCUCAGCUGCUGAGUACUCAUGAUCAGCCUUCUGUGCAGGCACUGGCUGACGAGAAGAACGGUCAGCUUUCCCGUCAGCCCAGCACUCCAUCGCGUCAGAACUCUCGGCGCUCUGAAAGUGGCUCUGAUCGGGGAGAGAAGGAGCGCGUGGCAGACGGCGGGAGUGGGAGCAGCAGCAGUAGCACUGUCUUACAAAGGCGAGGGUCGGGGAAAGACAAGACCAGACUCCUCUCAUCGUCCAAUGGGACGCAGUCUCACCCCUGAAAAGAAUGUUGUGGAAGAGAGGCCUUUCUCUCUUCCUCCCCUCUGUCCUUCCUACAUUGUUUCCUUUCCCGUUCCCUUACUUUCUGCCUUUGCUUUCUGCCAUUACUCCUCAGCGAUGGGAUGAAGGAGGGGGGAGGUUUUUUCUUGAAGCUGACCUAAGGAUAUGACGAAGAAUUCCCCUCAAAUGGCUGAUUUCAGCAGAAAUGUAUAUUUGUGGGGACAUGGGGACAGGUUGUGCUGAUCUUUAGUCAGCCUUCAAGGAGAACUUUGCCUCAGAGGGACGAGUGUAAAGACAGGAAAUUAGAACAUUUCCAUCUUUCCGGAGGAAUAUAGGAAAAGCUUACAGCCAUGGAAAUUUCACGACAUGCGACGAUUUAACAAAGCACAUUGCCUUCCCACCAAGAAAUCACAUGCAACACGUGGUUCAAAUCCAACAGGAAACCUCCCAUCAGUCAGUCAAAACAAUUAAGGAAGAGACUGGCCAAUAAACGAUGCACCUCAAAGCAUUCUCAUUUUUCAUAUCCUGGCCAGCCAAAGGUCAACUGGAUCAUCAAGUCUCCUCAACACCACCUGACCCAACGUGAUGAGUCACGUGACAAGAAAUAUGCCCUCCUCCUCGACUUGGCGCCAAAUCACUCAGAUGCAGUAAAUCCGAAUUCUCCAGUGAAGGAAACAAAAUGACAAUUAGCAAACACACACAGAGCCCUUUUUAACCACCACCACAGAACACGGGGAAAAAGCUGAGAAGUGAUGGAAAAUGGGUGUGAUGUGGUUUACAUCAUGUAGGCGAAAGUCAGGACGGGACCUUGAGUGUAUGAGAAACAUUUAUUUCCAUAAUUAUUCCUGAAUUACACUGAUAAAGCUAUGAUACCGUAUUGCCUUUAAUGGAGGAGAAAAAGUGGAUAGCUAGUUAGAUUUAGCCUCGUUUUUAGGACACUAGUCUCACCACAGGUAGACUGUAAAUACUCCCACUGAAGAGAGAUGUGAUGAAUAGAUAGACACAGAACAAAAGAUAGCUAGAAACAUUCCCAUUAGGUUGAAAAGGAAGGAAUAGAGAAAAAGUUGCAAAAAUCAUCCUGAGCAGGCGUGGUCCUACAGGGGGCCUGUGCCUCAUAACGCCGAGUCUGGCCCCGCCCCCCCCUAACAGAAAAUUAAAUUAUUCAUUUUUGUUAUGUCAUUUCAAAAGCUGAAGAAAUGUGGUUCAGUGUUGUCAGUCAGAGCAGGACACCCAGAUACAGUAAAAAAAAUCUCUUUCAUGGUUGAAGGUACAAAAACACUCCCUGCUCGUGUCGAUCUAAUCCAUCUACAACGGUCAGUGCUCCUGAGCUGUGGUGGUCAUAGAAGUCUUAUUUUGCAUUGGUCAGGAUUAUUCUGUUUGAAUGCAACACUGAUGUUGUACAGUGACAGAGCUCCAGUUCGCUCUGUGUGCUGUGAAGUAUUACCAUCCAAAAUCCACAAAAGUGAAAGACAAAAAACCCCCACUGUAAUCAAUGAGCUGAAGUUAACAUAAGGCUAAACCCCGCCUCUCUCAAGCAGCUGUCCAAUCAUAGCUUUUCUACGGAUGAUAAAAUCUGCCAGCUUCACUGCGGGGAAAAAAAAAACUGUUGUUUAGAAAUGAGAAUCAUGCUUUUGUUCUCUUUUGUUUUUUAAAAAGUACAAAGAAAUGAGUCAGGGCUCUCUCACACCGGCCAUUUUGACAUGUUUGAGCAGGAGGUGUCACUGAUUUACAUGAAUGAUGGCUCUCUUCUUGGUUUUGUAAAGAGGGACUUGCACGUGUGCAGUGAAGGCGUCACCUUUUGCCCAACUGCAUUGUGGGCUUGUUGCUUUGCUGUGAUGGCGUUGUGUGCUGUAGAAGUAGAGAAAUAGAUUUUUGUCUUACAGCAAAGUCUUAGAAAGUCGGAGCACUACACACUAAGAUAAGAAUUUUAAACUCAUAUUGCUCACCUCUACUGAACAGUUGCUUUACCUGAACGCCCCCUACUGACCAGACUAGACACUCGUUUUUGUUAUUGACAGGUGUCGCCAACAAUGUGACGUGUUUGCGUCCAUGUUUUUUCCGUCUUCUCAACCGGAACACUGGACCAUGUGCUCUGAUAGCUGCCUCUAUGCAUCCUCGCCGCCAAGCAACAUGUACGAGCAAGUCCCUCCUUAAUCAGGACAGUGUGAAAAUGUGACGAUGAUACAGACAUCAUUCAGUUAAUUACUUCCACCUAAAUGUCAUCUGUCAAAAUAUCUGCCAUGAAAGAGGCUCGUCCCGUGCCUCGUUGUCGGUUAUUACCACCUCUUUACCUUCAGCUAGACAUUUGAAUGUGUUACUAUUUUGCAUCUUACAGGAUGUUUAAGAGCAAAUGCGGAGAAGAAUGAUUACCGAGACCAAAAGCUUGUACAGUGUAUAUAGGCAUAUUAACAAUGACCUGGAAAAAAAACCCCAAACCUGUCCCUUCAAUGAAAUGUAGAACUCAAGACGACAGCCAAUUGUUUAAUGUUUAUAGACCCACAAUUAGGCCAUCAAAACCCUUGCAGUGUUGCGUUUAGUAUGACAAUAGAUGCAGAGUGAUGCAGGCCUCAGCGACACCCCAACAAAACCUCAGUCCGCUGUGAAAGGACAGAUGAACAAAAGUACUGUACUCACAAGACGACAAAUGAGUAAACAGAGAGAAAAGUGGGGGGGGGAAAAUGGGCGUGUCGUUGGUCAUACAAAUUGUCCACACAUGUCUGCAAGGGGAAAAGAAAGACUCAAGCCACAUGUAAAGAAUGACAUUUAGUUUGUUUUGCUGGCCACCAUUUCCUUCUUCUCUGCUCUUUUCUUUCCGUUUGUUUUUCUUGUUUUUAAUGUUUUUCUAUGUGCCACCAGCACAAACAAAAGGAAGUGUGGCCAAACCAUGUGAAUGUCAAAAAAGGUUUUUUGAAAUCACUGCAAGAGUGCAGCCAUAUAUUUGUCCCACAUAUUUAUUGAAAAUGUAUUUAUUUAUCUAUUUAUUUAUGUUCCACGUGUUUGUUGAAGGUGUGACUUCUUUUCAUGUACGAAAAACAGCAGGAGGAAGACGUUGCUUCUGAGAUGUGGGGGUAAAGCAGCUCUCCCCCUCCCCCUCCCUUUUUGUAACAUUUUAAAAACUUAAAAAAGAUAAUAAUAAUCCAUCAGCAGGCCAACGUUUCUCAAUAUCCAGUGAAAUAUCGACAAGUGGAAUUUAGAAUCCACUUUGUCCAGCAGAUGCAAAGCCUGACUUAAGGAUUGAGUUUGUUAAUAAACUACAUUUUCCAUUGUAGCCACAGGAGCUAACUAGCAAAUGUUAAGGCACUAAGCUAAGACAGUGUAUUAGCAUAACAUUAGCAUCUUAAUGAUUUUCUGUGGGCAUGUUAGCAUGCUGGUGUUUUAGCUCAAAGCCUUUCAGUCCUGGUUAGAAAGAACAAAUAAUUCAUGAACUGUAAACACAAACGUCUGUUUCAUUUAUUCGCGUAAACCAACGCCGACCCACCUAAUUACACUUUUCGUGAUUGACUUUCGGUCGUCUUUUCACCUUUUCUGCCCACGUAACGUUAACACUCAGAACAAGAAUGAAUAGGUUGGUGUUUGGUGUUCUGAAACACCCUGGUCUCAGUUGACAAAACAUGCAAAUGUAAUGUGUUCUGAAUGUCAUUUUGUGCCCUGGGAUGAGUUUCUGAAGUCUUUGGAGAAACUAUUUGCUUCUCCCUUCACAGUUUCGUGGUAUCUGGUGGCACAGGACAUUUGGAAAAUCUUCUGUGUGUGCUGGGAUUUGACAUCUUGAAUCCAGAUCUACUUAUUAGAAACAGGUCAGGGAGCUUAAAAUGGGCUUUAUGUAAGAUAUGCAACUAGAAUUUAAAAACCCCUGCAAUCUAAAUGAAAUUCAUCAGAGAGCGUUGUCCCUCUUCCCUCCCCUUCCUCUCCAGGGACUCAAGUUUACUCGGUAGUUUGUAGGAACCAAUUCCACAGGCUUCAAGGAGCUACACUCAAACUCCCUUUUCCACAACAUGAAGAUAAACAGAAUUUGCAGGCUUCAAAUUAAACUUUAAGUCAUGAAUAAACUUGUCUGUACCACUGAUACCAGUGAAACUAGUAUUUUAGAAUAACAUGUUUCCUUACAUACAGUAACUUUAAAGUCACACACGCACACACCUUUACACACACACACAAAUCAAAUGUCAUGUUUUGUUUAACACAAGAUCGGAGCCAACAAUGUCACCCACAUUCACUUUUAGAGACACAUAUUCUAGUGAAAUGUUAGAAAAUGGAAGGAAAAAUGGAAUAAGGAAAAGAAUCUGCCUCAGUCCAGUCUGAGACACAGCAGGGCCCUCAGCACAUUUGUGACAGAGAUGCUCCCUGUGCGCUAAACUCUCCUAUUGAAAGAAAUCUCACACGUCCCUCCCUCCAUCAACCCUCAAUCCACCCAUUCACUUUUGCUACCCCCCCGCCAUCAUCUCUUUGUAUCUCUUGAAUCCUGCGCCACGCCCAUCCUUGUCCCAAUCGCACAUAUCUCGCCCCCUUAUAUAAUCAACACCCCCUCCCCUCCUUGUAUACAUUUUAUACACCAUAUACUUCAAUGCAGAUGCUGUAUAUUUGUAUACACUGUAUGCUUGUCUCUGUCACCAUUGUAUGCCAUUCAUAUCUACGUAGCAUUCACUAUCUUUUAUCAGCAUUAUAGCCGCAGUACCACUCUACGUCUCAUCAUUAUUGCUCAUUCUUCUUCUGCAGAUGGAGUUGUAUGACUAUAAUCUCUUGUCUCAUAUUCCCCUCCAUCCAUCCAUCCAUCCAUCCAUGACCACCCCCUCCUUCAUCUUGUGACCCUCCACUCCACACAACAGAAGAAGUUUUCUUUUUUUCACUCUGAAGAAAUUCAUGAUGUCAGGAAAUAUUCAGCGGUGGAGCGGGGGGGAGGUGUGCGUGCGUGCGUGUGUGCGUGUGUGUGUGGGAGGGGGAGGGUGGGUUGAGAAUACAGCUAACACAGUUAAUAAUGAUGACAACAACGACAACACAGAGAAAUGUCUGUAGUAUAAUUAUGAAAAAGGAAAAGUGCACUAUUAUGACAACAAUUAUUAUUGCCUGUGACAAAUACUGACCAAUAAACAACGAUGGAAAUAUG